AGAAGCGAAGAAGGAUGGGGGGCAGCGGCUGGAGCCUGAAGGGGCGGCUGCGUCCGGAGAUCACUUAUGACAUCGGCGAGAAUACGAGAUACGAUGUGGAGGAGAGCGUGCGUUGCUUACUUACGAUCCGCCCUGGCAAGGUCCCGCUCCGCCUCCCUGACCGGCCCCGGAAGCACUCUCGCUCCCGCUUCAUCGUCCUCGCCGUUUGUCUCCACCUCCUGCCUCUUCUCAUCCGAUUCCGGUGAUGGGAAGUUGAAGAAGAGGGCCGAGGAUGCGAUGCCCAUCGCCGCUGGGAUCGAACGCGUGGAACUUGAGGCCGAGCUCGAGGUGAAGAAGCGCUUCGAAAAUAUAGAUGAACCAGUUGGUCCUUUCGGCACCAAGGAAGCACCUGCUAUCAUUCAAUCUCGUUAUGACAAGAGGAUAGUUGGCUGUCCCGGGGGUGAAGGGGAGGAUGAACAUCAUGUUAUUUGGUUUUGGUUGGAGAAAGGCAAGCCACAUGAAUGUCCUAUUUGCUCCCAGUACUUUGUGCUGGAAGUGGUUGGUAAGGGAGGGCCUCCACCUUAGAUCUGGAGCUGAUGGCCAUCAUUAGAUCUGGAGCUGAUCUCUGCUAAAAAAAUUUUAAAAAAAAGGAAGAAAAAAAUAGCGAUGAGUGAUUGUAUGUAGCUUCAGACAAAUUUCAGUAAUCUCUGUUCAAUUUUCUUGCCCAAGUGAGGGUUUUGUUUCCUAUCCACUUUUUUUCUAUGGCUAAGAUGGCCAUUUAUCAGUACAUUGUCAAAUAAACAACUUACACUC